AUGUUGAGAGGAGCUUCUGUUGUUCGAAAUACAGCUCGUUUGACAGUUGGAAAGUCGGUUCGUCCCUACACCCCCAAGCGACUUUACACCAGCACUACUGCCACUAUCGAAGAAAAGAAGUCUGGAUCAAUUGGAAAGAAGCUCUUAUGGGCCACUCUUUUGACCGGUACAGCCUACUCAGGCGCUACCUAUUUAGCACUUAAAAACGAAGCAUUCUACGACACCUACACUACAUAUGUCCCUGGAGGUGAGCAGCUGUUGGACGCGUUAGAGGAUUGGGCUGCUGAUGAUCGCAUUCAACAAUUCUACAACCAAGCCAAGCAACUGCAACAACAGACUUCAUCUACAACUGAGACUAUUAAGAGCUAUGCAGCCAGCACCAAAGAAUCUGCUCAAGAUUGGUACGAAUAUAUUUCUGACGCCAUUGCUCAAAUCAGAGGUGACAAGGAAGCACCUAUUGCUCCUGGUACUGGACCCACACCAUCCAACGACAAACGUUUCCGCAUCAAGAAGGCUACCAAGAAGGACUCCUUGUUUGCCAAUGUCAUUCACAGCACUGAGCCUCAACCUUUACCUACCUUUGCAAAGGCCAACGAGGAGAUUGUCAAUGAAUUAGGAUCCACAGUGCAAAGAUUGGUCACCAUGUUGAACGAGGCUGGUAUGUCGGGCCAUGCUAAGCGUCUUGUCGAUUUUGCUACUCGUGAUUUAGAGAGCCUUGACAAGGCCUUUACACUGAUCAAGGGAGAGGAACAAAAGGCACAUGAUGAGAUCAAGGCAUUGGAGAAAGAAUUAGAAGCUGCUAAACAACACAUUGAAGCACACCAUCAACAAGUAGACCAAAAGAUCAAGGAUGCUGAAGCCAAGGCUUCUGCUCGUGUGGAGAGUCAAGUUAAGCACAUUGAAGCUGAUAUUGCAUCUGACAAGGCUGAAUUGGAGAGACAAUUGCAAGCUAUUCACACCAAAGAAUUGACUUCUCAACGUCAACAUCACUUGAAGCAAUUGCAAGAGGAGCUCAAGGAAAAAGCCAUUGAGAUCCAAAAGGAAUACGUGGCUCAAGUGCAACGUCAAGUAGAGGGAGAACGUGGUGGCCGUUUGUCCAACAUUGAAGCUGUUUCUAACAAACAGGCCGAAUUCGAAAAGUUGGCUUCUGCUGAUGUCGAGCUUUUGGAUGAUGUCCGUAAAGCUCAUCAAUUGGUCGCUGCUAUUGAUGCCUUGAAGCGUGCAGCUCUUAAAGGCGAAAAGACUCAGUUUGCCUUGGAAUUAGAGACAUUGAAGCGCCUCAGUGCAAAGACGCCCUUUGCCAAAGUGGGUGAACGUCAGAGCGAUGAAUUGAUUCAAUUGGUGACAUCCAGCAUCCAAGAGCAUGUGGCUCAACAUGGCAUUACUUCCAUUGCUUCAUUGUCUGAGCGUUUUGAAACUGUCGCUCGUGAAGUGCGUCGUGCUUCACUGAUACCUGAGCAAGAUGCUUCCAUGAUUUCUCAUCUCAUCUCUAUUGUGUUGAGUAGCUUUAUGUUUACCAAGAAGGGUCUGGUAGCUGGUGACGAUGUAGAAUCAAGAUUGGCUCGUGCUGAAUACUACCUCAACACAGAGAAGGAUUUGGAGAGUGCUGCUAGAGAAAUCAAUCAGUUGACUGGCUGGCCCAAGCGUUUAUCUUUGGAUUGGUUAGACGCUGCUCGUCGCCAUUUGGAAGUCAAGCAGGCUUUGGAAAUCAUGAGAUCUCAAGCUUCUUUGAUCAGCAUGUUGCAAGCUAAAUAG